AUGAAAACCAGUCUCCUCCUCCUCCUCCUCCUCCUCGCCGGUGCCGCUGCCCUUUACGUCGUUGCCACGCCCGCUGCAGCGGUCGGCGGCCAAUGGCAAUCGAUCCCGAACGUCGCCGACCCUCACGUCCAAGGGCUCGGCAAAUGUGCGGUGGACGAGCAAAACAAGGUGUCAAACUGCGAUCUCAGGUUCGUCAAGGUUGUGAGCGGCAAGGUGCAAGACGGCACUACAUACCAGCUUGACGUCGACGUGCUGAAUAUCGAAGGCUCGCACAGAAUAUUUAAGGUGGAGGUGGUCGAGCUGAACUCGUCGGGCAGUUCCACCACAUGCAAGAUCGUCUCCUUCGGCCCAGGCUGUUGA